AUGGAUGAGUCUGUACUUUCAAAGUGCCAGUCUAAGAAGCUGGCUAAGCGUGAAAAGAAAAUGGCUAAAUUUGAAGCCAAACAGGAAAAACUUUCUUCAGACGCCUUAAAGAAUCAGAAGUCGUCAAAAAAAGACAAAUUGAAGAAAGAGCAGGUUGUUCUGAAUGCAGUGACAGACGCAUCUGGCAAAAAAGAUAUGACUGGUGAAAUGCCCGAAUCUUACUCCCCCAAAUAUGUUGAGGCCACGUGGUACGAAUGGUGGGAGCGUAGUGGACUUUUCAAACCAGAAUUUCAGAUUGAAAGCCCAGACAAAUUCGUUAUGGUUAUACCUCCCCCAAACGUCACUGGAGUCUUGCAUUUGGGCCACGCUUUGACAAAUAGUAUUGAAGAUGCCAUUACACGAUGGCACAGAAUGAAUGGAAAAGUUACACUGUGGGUUCCUGGAUGUGACCACGCUGGUAUUGCCACUCAGGUAGUGGUAGAAAAAAAGUUGUGGAGAGAGAAAAAUCUCACUCGACAUGAUAUUGGACGUGAUGAAUUUGUGAAAGAAGUUUGGAAAUGGAAAGAAGAAAAGGGUGAUCGCAUUUAUCAACAACUCAGAGCUUUGGGAAGUUCUUGUGAUUGGUCUCGAGCUAGAUUCACUAUGGAUCCAUCCAUGUGUAAAGCUGUUACAGAGGCUUUUAUUCGUUUAUACGAUGAUGGUUUGAUUUAUCGAAGCCUCCGAUUAGUCAAUUGGUCUUGUACUUUACGUUCAGCCAUAUCAGAUAUCGAAGUAGAUAAACAAGAACUUUCUGGACGUACUUUACUUCGUGUUCCUGGCUAUAAUAAACCUGUAGCAUUCGGAGUUAUCGUAUCGUUUGCCUACCCUCUUUUGCCUGAUCCUAGUAAAGUUGGAUCAGACACUGAAAUUGUUGUCGCAACCACACGACUUGAAACAAUGCUAGGUGAUACAGGCGUUGCUGUACAUCCUGACGAUGAUCGUUAUCGACAUUUAAUUGGUCGUCUAAUCAAGCAUCCACUUAUUCCAGAUAGAUUAAUUCCAAUCGUUGGUGAUACAUUUGUUGAUCCGAACUUUGGAACUGGUGCUGUAAAAAUAACACCUGCUCAUGAUUAUAAUGAUUGGGAAAUCGGGAAAAGGCAUUCACUUCCGACUAUAGUAGUAAUUGGUGAAGAUGGUUUGAUGACAUCUGCUUCAGGUCCCAGAUUUGCAGGACUUCAAAGAUUCGUUGCUCGAGAUGCCGUUCGGAAAGCUCUCGAUGAAUUAGGCUUGUAUAGAGGUGAAAAAGAUAAUCCUAUGGUUGUGCCGAUAUGUUCUCGAAGCAAAGAUAUUGUUGAACCAUUGUUGAAACCGCAAUGGUACCUACGUUGUCAGGAUAUGGCUAAUGCGGCAAUGAAGGAGGUAUCUGAAGGUCGCUUACGUAUUAUUCCCAGUUUCCAUAUUCGUACAUGGAAUAAUUGGCUUAAAGAUUGUCAUGAUUGGUGUAUUUCUCGACAAUUAUGGUGGGGACAUCGUAUUCCUGCUUAUCAUGUUUCGAUUCGACGUGCUGGAGUAGAUAAUUUAGAAGUUUUAGAUCCUACAGAUCAUAAUUCAUGGGUAGUUGGUCAUACAAUUGAAGAAGCACUUCAAAAAGCCUGUGAUAAAUUCCAUUGUUCACCAGAUAACUUAACUUUAAACCAAGAUAAUGAUGUAUUAGAUACAUGGUUCUCUUCACAAUUAUUUCCAUUCUCUGUAUUUGGUUGGCCUGAACAAACACCAGAUUUAAAAGCUUAUUAUCCUGGAAGUUUAUUAGAAACUGGGCAUGAUAUUAUAUUUUUCUGGGUUGCACGUAUGGUUAUGAUUGGUUUGAAAUUAAUGGGACAAUUACCAUUUCAUACUGUCUAUUUACAUGCUAUGGUUCGUGAUGCUCAUGGCAAAAAAAUGAGUAAAUCUUUGGGUAAUGCAAUCGAUCCAGUAGAUGUCAUCAAUGGAAUAUCUUUAGAAGAUUUACAAAAACAAUUAGAACAAGGUAAUCUUGAUCCGAACGAAUUAACACGUGCUCGUCAAGCUCAAGCAAAAGAUUUUCCUAAAGGUAUUCCUGAAUGUGGAACUGACGCUCUACGAUUUGCUUUAUGCGCUUAUACAGCUCAAGGACGAAAUAUCAAUUUGGAUAUAAUGCGUGUACAAGGCUAUCGAUUUUUCUGUAAUAAACUAUGGAAUGCUGUUCGUUAUGCGCUAUUUCAUUGUUUACAUAAAGAAUUUAUUCCACCAGAUAUGUCUGAUUUAAAUAGUCUAUUCAAACAAUUCAUACAACAUAGUUUAUUAUCUGGUACAGAUAGAUGGAUUCUAUCAAGAUUAGCUUAUGCUGUCAUUCAAUGUAAUACAGGAUUUACAGAAUUUCAAUUUCCUAUAGCUACUACUGCUUGUUAUCAUUUUUGGUUAUAUGAAUUAUGUGAUGUUUAUUUGGAAUAUACCAAACCUAUUAUUAGAUUAAAACAGAAUAAUUCAAAAUUGUCUAAUAUGGAAAUGGAACGUAUUCAAUUAGUUUGUCAAAUCCUUUAUGUUUGUUUCAAUUGUGGUCUACGUUUAUUACAUCCAUUUAUGCCAUUUAUUACAGAAGAAUUAUAUCAACGUUUAUUAACUAGAAAUAGUCCUAAUAAUAAUAAUACUGUAAAUAGUAUGGAUAGUCUAUGCGUGAAAUCCUAUCCUAAACUCAGUGAUGUAAAUAUAUUACAUGAUGUAAAUGGAGUUGAAACAGAUUUUCAUCUUGUACUGAAUAUUAUUCAUCGUAUACGUGGACUUAUUUCAGCUUGUCAUAUACCAAUAUCACUUGCAAAUCGUCAACCUUUAAAUGUUCAAUUAAUUGCAUCUGAAACUAUAUUAUCUACUCUUAUUAAUGGACAAUAUGUAACUGAUGUAAUUGAACCAUUAGGUCGAUGUCGUGUUAUACAAAUGGUUUCUGAUCGUAAAAAUGUUAACACUUCUGGUUGUGUUAGUGGAACAGUUUCAGCAAGUGAUAUUUUAUGGUCCAACGAAGAGUCACCUGUUAAUACAGUUCCCGAAGACAAUGACGAUGAUGAUGCUAAUAACUUAAAUGGUGGAAAUCUAUGUUCCGAUGUUCAAUCAAAUUCUGUGUUUGUUAACAAAAAUCCAUCAUCAAUAAUUCCAGCAACUUGUCAAAUAUUUCUACAUGUCGCUGGAUUAAUUGAUGUAUCAUUAGAACAGAAACGAUGUCAAGAUCGUUUAGUGGAAUUGAAAGAUUCCAUUGAAAGUUUAGAGAAAAAACGUCAGCAUCCAACGUAUUCUGAGAAAGUACCAAUGAAAACUCAAUUGAUGGAUACGAAAAAAUUAUAUGAAUUAAAUAUAGAAUUAGAAGGAUUAAAUGAAGUUAUGAACAAUUUAAAAGAUAUUAAACAAAUCAAUACAAAUGAUUCUUCAAUGACACUUGGUGAAAUCCUUUUAGAUGCUUUAUGUAACUAUCUUAAUGUACAAGAAAAUUCAUCAAUAAUACCAUCGAAUCUAUUUGAUCUUGAAGCGAAAAUUGACAGUAUUCUAACCAAUGAAUUAAAAGGAGGCGAUCAACUGUUACAAUAUUGUAAAAUUAAACAAUGGUUGUCAUGGAGUAUAAAACUAUUAUCAUUCAAUAAUAAAAUUGAUUCAAAACAAUAUUCAAUUUAUAGAGAAAUGGUUGAAAAUUAUUUAACUUAUUAUAAAUCAUACUAUUUAACUGGUACAAAUUAUCCAACAAUUGCUGAUAUCUCUGUUGCAUAUACAUUAACACAAUAUAUAGAUUAUAAUGAAUGGAUUAAUUUAAAUAAUAAUAAACAAUAUGUUGUUAUAUGGUUUGACAAAUUGAGAAAUUAUUUCAAUCAAUCAAAUAAAAUGAGAUCACUUUUCAAAUGA